ACAAGCUAUGACUAUGACUAUGUCGAGAUAUGUGACUAUGGCAAACAUGAGACUUUUCUUCCAGCCCUCUACUCCAUCCUCUUCCUCCUGGGCUUUCUGGGCAACUCUCUGGUCAUUUGGGUCAUCACUUGUGGGGUGCGACUUCGCAGCAUGACCGACGUGUGUCUUCUAAACCUGGCCAUUGCUGACCUGCUCUUGGUGUGUUCCCUUCCCUUCUUAGCCCACCAAGCCCGGGACCAGUGGGUGUUUGGGGAUAAAAUGUGCAAGGCGGUCCUGGGAAUUUAUCAUAUUGUUUUCUACUGUGGGAUCUUUUUUCUCUGCCUGAUAAGCAUUGACCGGUACUUGGCUGUCGUACACGCUGUUCACACUAUGCGAGCACGAAAACGGUCUUUUGGAGUAAUUGCAGCUGCUGUUACAUGGGUAGCUGGAUUUUUGGCUUCGUUCCCUGAACUGAUCUAUCUUAGACAAGAGGCUACUGAUGAUGAUUAUAUGGAUUGCUAUUUUGUGUAUGAAGAUACAUCCAGUAUCCACUUCUGGACAAUCUUCAGCCUUUUCAAAAUGAACAUUUUGGGAUUAUUUAUUCCCAUUGUCAUCAUGACUUUCUGCUACUCAAAGAUCAUUUGGACACUGUUUCACAGCCGGUCAUCCAAGAAACAGGCCAUCCGUUUAGUUCUCAUAGUGGUAGCUGUUUUCUUCUGCUGUUGGGUCCCCUACAAUGUUGCCUCACUGUUCAAAGCGCUGGAGUUUAUGUACCCUUCCACAUGUGAAAGCAGCAAAGCCCUCAGAUUGGCUUUACAAGUCACUGAAGCCAUUGCAUACUCUCACAGCUGCCUCAAUCCCAUCCUGUAUGUGUUUGUUGGAGAGAAGUUCAGGAAGCACCUGGUGAGAUUGAUUAACAGGACUCCUUGCAGGCUGUGUCAGGCUAUUGGGUCAGUCUACUCACAAACCAGCAGCCUGGAGGAAAGGAGUACUACUGUUUAA